AUGGAUUUAAAAACAGCGGUGUUCAACGCGGCCAGAGACGGGAAGCUUCGCUUGCUCGAAAAGCUCCUGGAGAACAAAGAUGUGCGCGAGGUGACCAAGUUGAUGGGCGAGAAGACGAACGGCGCCACGCCGCUCCUCAUGGCUUCCCGUUACGGUCACUUGGACCUAGUGGAGUAUCUGCUGGAGUGCUGCCGGGCGCCCGUCGAGGUCGGCGGCUCGGUCAACUUCGACGGGGAGACCAUCGAAGGCGCUCCGCCGCUAUGGGCUGCGUCGGCCGCCGGCCACCUGAAGGUGGUGCAGUCGCUGCUUGGCCACGGAGCCUCCGUGAACAGCACGACGCUCACAAACUCCACGCCGCUACGGGCGGCGUGCUUCGACGGCCACCUGGACAUCGUCAAGUACCUUGUGGAGCACAAGGCCGAUUUGGAGGUGGCCAACAGGCACGGGCAUACUUGUCUUAUGAUCUCCUGCUACAAGGGACACAAGGAGAUCGCGCAGUACCUGCUGGAGAGAGGCGCCGACGUCAACAGGAAAAGUGUCAAAGGCAACACAGCGCUUCACGACUGCGCCGAGUCGGGUAGCCUGGAGAUCAUGCGGAUGUUGUUGCAGUACCGGGCAUCCAUGGAGCAGGACGGCUAUGGCAUGACGCCACUUUUAUCUGCCAGCGUCACAGGCCACACUAACAUAGUCGACUACCUGACUGCACACCAUCAGACGAGCCACAAGGAGCGCAUCGAUGCCCUGGAGCUGCUGGGGGCAACGUUUGUCGACAAAAAGAGAGACCUGCUGGGAGCCUUGAAAUACUGGAAGAAAGCCAUGGACUUGAGAUAUAUGGACAGCAACAACGUGGUCCAUAAACCUGAACCCAAGCAUCUGAUUAUGGCCUACGACUACGCCCGGGAGGUUACAAACGGAGAGGAACUGGAUGGGCUCAUAUCGGACCCUGACGAGAUGCGCAUGCAGGCCUUGCUCAUCCGUGAACGAAUCCUGGGCCCGCAGCACCCGGACACGUCCUACUACAUCCGGUACCGCGGCGCCGUCUAUGCUGACUCUGGUAAUUUUGAGCGCUGCAUCAACCUUUGGAAGUACGCCCUGGACAUGCAGCAGAACAACCUGGACCCCCUCAGCCCCAUGACUGCGUCCAGCCUGCUGUCGUUUGCCGAGCUCUUCUCAUUCAUGCUGCAAGACCGCGCCAAGGGCCUCCUGGGCACUUCGGUCUCCUUUGAGGACCUUAUGGGCAUUCUGUCCAAAAGCGUGUUGGAGAUUGAACGGGCUGUCCGCCAAAGGCGCUCUCUGCCGCCGGAUCCCGCCCAGCUCAGCAAGGCGCUGUCCAUCAUCCUGCACCUCAUCUGUUUGCUGGAGAAAGUGCCUUGCACAAUGGAGCAGGACCACUUCAAGAAAGAAACCAUCUAUAGGUUUCUAAAGCUGCAGCCGCGCGGCAAGAACGGCUUUAGUCCGCUCCACCUGGCCGCCGACCGCAACACCACCUGCGUGGGCCGCUACCCCGUCUGCAAAUUCCCCUCGCUCACAGUCACCGCCAUUCUGCUGGAGUGCGGCGCCGACGUCAACAGUCGGGACGACGACGACAACAGCCCGCUCCACAUAGCCGCGUCCAACGGCCACUCCGACAUCAUGAACCUGUUGGUGUCGGGCGGCUCUCACUUCGAUAGCACGAACGCCUUGCAGCAGACCGCCUGCGAGCUGCUGGACGAAAAAGAGCUGGCCCGCAAUGUCGUGCAACCCAUCAACCACACCACGCUGCAGUGCCUGGCCGCCCGUGUCAUCGUCAAGCACAGCCUCUGCUAUCAGGGGAACAUCCCAGAAAAACUAGAGGCUUUCGUGCUUCUCCACAGAUAA